GGUUUUGACCCACCCCAUCAAAGUGACACGAGAACUAUUUACAUAGCCAACAGGUUUCCUCAGAAUGGCCUUUACACACCUCAGAAAUUUAUAGAUAACCGGAUCAUUUCAUCUAAGUAUACUGUGUGGAAUUUUAUUCCAAAGAAUUUAUUUGAACAAUUCAGAAGAGUGGCAAACUUUUAUUUUCUUAUUAUAUUUUUGGUUCAGCUUAUGAUUGAUACACCUACCAGUCCAAUUACCAGUGGACUUCCAUUAUUCUUUGUGAUAACAGUAACCGCCAUAAAGCAGGGAUAUGAAGAUUGGUUACGACAUAACUCAGAUAAUGAAGUAAAUGGAGCUCCUGUUUAUGUUGUUCGAAGUGGUGGCCUUGUAAAAACUAGAUCAAAAAACAUUCGGGUGGGUGAUAUUGUUCGAAUAGCCAAAGAUGAAAUUUUCCCUGCAGAUUUGGUACUUCUGUCCUCAGAUCGACCUGAUGGUUCUUGUCACAUUACAACUGCUAGUUUGGAUGGAGAAACUAACCUGAAGACACAUGUGGCAGUUCCAGAAACAGCAGUAUUACAGACCGUGGCUCAUUUGGACACUCUUGUGGCUGUGAUAGAGUGUCAGCAGCCAGAAGCCGACCUGUACAGAUUCAUGGGGCGAAUGAUAAUAACUCAACAGAUGGAAGAAAUUGUAAGACCUCUGGGGCCAGAGAGUCUCUUGCUUCGUGGAGCCAGAUUAAAAAACACAAAAGAAAUUUUUGGUGUUGCUGUAUAUACCGGAAUGGAAACUAAGAUGGCAUUAAAUUACAAGAGCAAGUCACAGAAACGAUCUGCAGUGGAAAAGUCAAUGAAUACAUUUUUGAUAAUUUAUCUAAUAAUCCUUAUUUCUGAAGCCAUCAUCAGUACUAUCUUGAAAUAUACAUGGCAAGCUGAAGAAAAAUGGGAUGAACCUUGGUAUAACCAAAAAACAGAACAUCAGAGAAAUAGUAGUAAGAUUCUGAGAUUUAUUUCAGACUUCCUUGCCUUUUUGGUACUCUACAAUUUCAUCAUUCCAAUUUCAUUAUAUGUGACAGUAGAAAUGCAGAAAUUUCUUGGAUCAUUUUUUAUUGGUUGGGAUCUUGAUCUCUAUCAUGAAGAAUCAGAUCAGAAAGCACAAGUCAAUACUUCUGACCUGAAUGAAGAGCUUGGACAGGUGGAAUAUGUGUUUACAGAUAAAACUGGCACACUGACAGAAAACGAGAUGCAGUUUCGGGAAUGUUCAAUUAAUGGCAUAAAAUACCAAGAAAUCAAUGGUAGACUUGUAUCUGAAGGACCAACACCAGACUCUUCAGAGGGAAACUUAAGUUAUCUUAGUAGUUUAUCGCAUCUUAACAACUUACCCCAUCUUGCAUCCAGUUCUUUUAGAACCAGUCUUGAAAAUGAAACUGAACUAAUUAAAGAACAUGAUCUCUUCUUUAAAGCAGUCAGUCUCUGCCACACUGUACAGAUUAGUAAUGUUCAGACUGAUGGCAUUGGUGACGGUCCCUGGCAGUCCAGCCUUGCGCCCUCCCAGUUGGAGUACUAUGCAUCUUCACCAGAUGAAAAGGCUCUAGUGGAAGCUGCUGCAAGGAUUGGCGUUGUAUUUAUUGGCAAUUCCGAAGAAACUAUGGAAGUUAAAAUACUUGGAAAACUGGAACGGUAUAAACUGCUUCAUAUUCUGGAAUUUGAUUCAGAUCGUAGGAGAAUGAGUGUAAUUGUUCAGGCACCUUCAGGUGAGAAGUUUUUAUUUGCUAAAGGAGCUGAAUCAUCAAUUCUCCCUAAGUGUAUAGGUGGAGAAAUAGAAAAAACCAGAAUUCAUGUAGAUGAAUUUGCUUUGAAAGGGCUAAGAACUCUGUGCAUGGCCUAUAGACAUUUGACAUCUAAAGAGUAUGAGGUAAUAGAUAGACGCCUAUUUGAAGCCAGGACUGCCUUGCAACAACGGGAAGAGAAAUUGGCAAAUGCCUUCCAAUUCAUAGAGAAAGACCUGAUAUUACUUGGAGCUACUGCAGUAGAAGACAAACUGCAAGAUAAAGUUCGAGAAACUAUCGAAGCAUUGAGAAUGGCUGGUAUCAAAGUAUGGGUACUUACUGGAGAUAAACAUGAAACAGCUGUUAGUGUGAGUUUAUCAUGUGGACAUUUUCACAGAACCAUGAAUAUCCUUGAACUUAUAAACCAGAAAUCAGACAGCGAAUGUGCUGAACAGUUGAGGCAGCUUGCCAGAAGAAUUACAGAGGAUCAUGUGAUUCAGCAUGGGCUGGUGGUGGAUGGCACCAGUCUAUCUCUUGCACUCAGGGAGCAUGAAAAACUAUUUAUGGAUGUUUGCAGAAAUUGUUCAGCUGUAUUGUGCUGUCGUAUGGCACCACUGCAGAAAGCCAAGGUAAUACGACUGAUAAAAAUCUCACCUGAGAAACCUAUAACAUUGGCUGUUGGUGAUGGUGCUAAUGAUGUAAGCAUGAUACAAGAAGCGCAUGUUGGCAUAGGAAUCAUGGGUAAAGAAGGAAGACAAGCUGCAAGAAACAGUGACUAUGCAAUAGCUAGAUUUAAAUUUCUCUCCAAGUUGCUCUUUGUUCAUGGUCAUUUUUAUUAUAUUAGAAUAGCUACCCUUGUACAGUAUUUUUUUUAUAAGAAUGUGUGCUUUAUCACACCCCAGUUUUUAUAUCAGUUCUACUGUUUGUUUUCUCAACAAACAUUGUAUGACAGCGUGUACCUGACUUUAUACAAUAUUUGUUUUACUUCUCUGCCUAUUCUGAUAUAUAGUCUACUGGAACAGCAUAUAGACCCUCAUGUAUUACAGAACAAGCCCACCCUCUAUCGAGAUAUUAGUAAAAACCGUCAACUAAGCAUUAAAACUUUUCUUUAUUGGACCAUCCUGGGUUUCAGUCAUGCCUUUAUUUUCUUUUUUGGAUCCUAUUUUCUAAUGGGGAAAGAUAUAUCUCUGCUUGGAAAUGGCCAGAUGUUUGGAAACUGGACAUUUGGCACCUUGGUCUUCACAGUCAUGGUUAUUACCGUCACAGUAAAGAUGGCUUUGGAAACUCAUUUUUGGACCUGGAUCAAUCAUCUUGUUACCUGGGGAUCUAUUAUAUUCUAUUUUGUAUUUUCUUUGUUUUAUGGAGGGAUUCUCUGGCCAUUUUCGGACUCCCAGAAUAUGUACUUUGUAUUUUUUCAGCUCCUCUCAAGUGGUUCUGUUUGGUUUGCCAUAAUCCUCAUGGUUGUUAUAUGUAUGUUUCUUGAUAUUGUGAAGAAAGUAUUUGACAGACAGCUCAAUCCUACAAAUACUGAAAAGGCACAGCUUACUGAAAAAAAUUCAAGUAUCAAGUGCGUGGACUCCAUGUGCUGUUUCUCAGGAGAAACAGCGUGCGCAUCUGUUGGAAGAAUGCUGGAACGAGUAAUAGGACGAUGUAGUCCGGGCCAUGUCAGCAGAUCAUGGAGUGCAUCGGAUCCUUUCUAUACCAACGACAGGAGCAUCUUGACUCUCUCCACAAUGGAUUCAUCUACAUGUUAAAAGAGCAGUAGUACUUUGUGGCAACCAUUCACCUCCUUUCCCAAAAUUCAGUGUGAUCAUCCUGGUAAUGACCACACUAGCUCUGCAUAAUUACUUUCUGAAGUCUCUGGAGUAGUUUGUACCCACUCAGACUUACAAUGGCAAACAAACAAAAAGCAUUAACAUGAACCACUCUCUCAACCCCUUUAAUUUAAAUCUGAACAUGUUAACAUUUGUGAAUAAAGAGACAUUUUUCAUCUCUUUGUUUGGGUUGUCCCUUGUGCUUAUGGAAUUCCUAAUGGAAUUUCAGCCUGUUGCUGAGGCCACCAUAUUUUAAUAUCAAGGUAGAAAAAUAAUUCCUAGUUAAUUGUAUUUUUGAAUAUUAGCUUAGUUAUUGAGUCUUCUAUUUAAAUCUGCUUCUGUAAAUUAUGCUGAAAAGUUUGCCUUGAAAACUCUAUUUUUUUAUUAGAGUUAUAUUUGAAGCUUUUCAUGGGAAAAGUAAAUGUGAAUAGUAAGGAAUUUUGGUCCCUUAGUGACCCAUGUUGUUAAUUCAUUAGUGCUUUCUAAGUUCAUAGAGAAAAUUAGGAGAAUGCAUUUCUAACCAUUAUUGACUGCACUGUGGGUAGUAAAUAUAUACCAGUACCAAACUUCUCUUAAUUUACUGUAACACACCAGUAAAAUUAACCAUAUACAUGCAAAGGGUGUAGCAUAUUUUAUCCAUAAUUCGAGAAUCAAGCCCAUUCACCGAAUUUCAAAUUGAUGUUUACUCAUAUUUUUAUGACAGAAUAUAAAAUGGGUCAAUUAGAUACAUUUGCAUAUUAUUAUUUGAUGUAUUUAUCAUUGGAUCUUUUGCAUGCUUUAAUCUGGUUAAUAUAUUUAAAUUUGCUUUUUUUCUCUAUCUGAAAACUGUUUAUUUUAUGACACUGUUGUAAAGUUCAACUAUAUCAAUAAAAACAAGUUUGGACAGUAUUUAAAUAUUGCAAAUACUUUUAAUCAAAAUGUUAGGAUAAUUAAAUCAAUAAAAAGAGAAAGGCCUCUUUCUGUGGCUUAGAAUUACUCUUGCCUUUCAGUAAGCUAAACAGUAGAAUAAAGAAUCUCAGACAAGAAUCUUGUUAUUUUUAGGUUAGAUUAGUUAUCUAAGUUACAGCAGACUAGCACAGGAAAGUGAAAUCUACCCCGUGUUUCAUUAUAAGGUAUAUUUUCAGGUAUGGCUAUAGACUAAGUGAAACAAAGUCUAAAGUGCUAAGUUUUAUGGGUUAAUAGCAGCAAUAUGUUAAAAUGCUAAGAAUGAUUGAUUAGGUAUGUAUUCAGUAUUAACUCACUACACCUCAAUACUUAAUUUAUAUCCUAAAUUUAUCAUGUAGAUGGUCAUUUGUUUUGACCACAAGUAAUAUUGUUUUAAAAUUUGGAAAUGAUUAUUGGUUUAAGAACUGUUACGCAGCCCUAAGCAUAUAUAAUGAUUGACACAUACACAUUUUAAACUGUAUGGAAAUGGUUAAAUAAGGUUUUGCCGAAGUUUUCCAUACAGUUGAGAGUAUAAUUCUUUUCUGUAGAUUUAUUGUGCAGUCCUCCAUCCCUUCCCAUUUCAUGAAUAUAAAACUUCCUGAAUUGGGCUUGGAGGCAAUAGUCAAGAAUUAAGACUUUGCCUUUGUUCACUGGUAUUUUCCUACUAACAUAACCUUUGUCUGUUUCAAUAAUGCAAGGAUAUUGGGUUAUGAAUUUCAGCCUAAAUACUAAUUUUCAUAAAUAGCCCUUCUUUAACUCAGAUAUUCCAAAAUUGCUUUAGGAAGAUUUGGAAGAUUCUGGAAAUAUGUAAAAGGGAUAAUAAAAUCUACAAUGUGUAACUUACCAAUUCAUGUUCCAGAAAAGGAAAUAUAGCUAAAAAUAUUCAGUAGAGUAGUUUCAUGGAGAGUAUUACGGAAUUUGCUUUUCUUAGAAUGUCUUAUAAAAUGUUCACAUAACAUUUGUAGGCCUGCAUUACAUCUGCCUUCCAGUGUUUAUUUGCCAUCAACUAAACUGACUGACACUAGAGAAGGACCAUGAAGCCAUCGAGCAGGCUCUGACCAACUGCAGCUAACCUGCAUGGUGCUUAAGGUGUGAUCAGUGUAUUUCCUGCAUCCCUAUUUGAAGUUAUUUAAGAACUUUAUGUCAAAAAAAGUAAAUGCAUCCUCUGAUAAUGCUCAUCCUACUCUGUUGUUCAAAACCUACUCCAGUUAAAGGAAGGUUUUCUUAUAAUUGUAAAAAAAGGGUUUUCUUCUAUUUAUUUAAGAAAGUACCAGUGUUGUCUAUAAGCUUCCAGUAGUUUUCUGUUGCUAAUACUCAUAUUGUAAAACUAUUACUAUAUAACCAAUAAUCACAGAAAAUGUCCCCUUUGCAUAUUUCUUUAAAAUUCUUUGGAAAGCACGAUGUUAAUUAACUUACUCUUCUCUGCCAAGACCAGAGUAGGAUGCUACAUGUGUUAUUACUAAUUAAUGAUUGGUCUCGAAUCUGAUGUAUUUUCCUCACUUGCUUGCCUUGAAGGCUGUAUCCGUGAAGAUAGUAGCAAGCACCAAGUCAGUUUCCAGAAUGGCCCAUCAGCUGUUCUAUGACUCAGCACCCUGCCUCAGCUUUAGCAAGCCUUAGGUUCACCCUAGAGGGGGAGUAGAAUGUGGGCCAGGAAAACUAUAGGUUUGCUGCUGGGUUGAGAACAAAGAAAGGAGAAUUUACAGUUUUAAAAUCUCUUAAAUACCCUCCACUUUGGGUUUUAAUUUCCAUGAUGUCCAAAGGCUUCCCAGACCUCACCCAAACUCUGGCACUGUCCUGGUUAGAAGAUAAAGCAGAGGCACAUCACCCUGAUUGGAAAUAGUUUUACUCAGACCAGGGUCAUUUCUGCUGCAUAAGAUUGUGAAAUUGGGCUAUUGGGCUUGUGUGAUAAACUUGAUACACUGAUAGGCAGGAGUUGGGUGCAGUAAAAAAUUGUAAAUACUUAAAGUUUUUAAAGUAUGCUAGUCUGAAAAGUUUUUGGGAUCUGGGAGAAAAGGGAAAAUCAUUCAUGUUUGUGUUUUUCUUGUAAAGAUCAAUUUGGGGUCUGAUAUAAGCAGGUACUGAUAAAACUAACACACCAAAGAGUUAUAUAAAACAUGUUUUAUUAAUUGUGGGUCCCCUUUUAGAGACAUUUUUAUUUCUAUCCUGAAAUGAGUUAUCUAUUUUCAUAAAAAUAGAACAUUAUUAAUAUGCUGUUUAUGUGAGAUAACUUGAAUGAUAUUCCUACAGAAAUAUAUCAUAAUUAAUGAUAUGUUUGUAGUAAUGGAGACUGUUAGAUUUUUAUGAGGAACUAGUAGCUGUAAAUACUAUAACAACUCUUAGUUUAAAAUUUUGGACCUCAGACACUGUGGCUGUCUAAUAUAAUCCUAUAAAAUUUUUCUGCAUUUUUAGUAAAUGUAGUUACUUAUUGUAACAGAUCUCAGUGAUUUUUUAAAGUUUGUGAAAUCAUAUUUAUCAAAUAAAAAUUUUCCUAUAUAA